GCGCCGGAAUGAACGUUCCCUACUUCGUCUUUACUGAGACGAAGAAGAAAAUAUGUUUCCUUUCUGGCAGUGGUUGCUGAUUCGGCGUUUUUAAUUGAUUUGCAGCAAAACUGGAUAUUUUUGUCUUGGCAACCUUUUUUCUUUGCAGAACUAUAAUAUCAUUUUCCAACAAUCUGGUCAAAUGUUUGGACUAUUAUCAGGGUUACCGUGUGUCCCCAACGCCAAUAUUAGCCAACUAGCUCUGAGCUAACCGGGAAGCUACUAGCCUUGUGCUAACAGAGAAAGGUCUGCCGAGGAGGUUUCUACUAACAUUUCCCUGGUUGUUUUCACCCGGCGGAGAAACCCAUCGUCUGCUCGGUAUCUUUACAGCUUCUAGGAACACGAGAAAAGAUGGAGGCGCCUCCUGUCACCGUGAUGCCCAUCACCAGUGGCACCAUCAACAUGAUGGAGUAUCUGCUGCAAGGCAGUGUGUUAGAGUCGGCCCUGGAAAGCCUGCUGCAUCGUCUGCGGGGCCUGUGCGACAACAUGGAGCCGGAGACGUUCACAGACCACGAACUGGUAUACCUUCUAAAAGGCCAGCAGGGAAACCCCUUCAUCCUGCGUGCGCGGCACUCCCUCUCCCACCCUACGGCUCCGUGGCACCUGCGCUACCUGGGCCAACCCGAAGUGGGAGACAAGAGCCGCCACGCCCUGGUGCGUAACUGCGUCGACGUGUCGGCCUCGCACAGCCUUCCGGACUUCCUUAACGAGAUGGGCUUCCGCAUGGACCACGAGUUUGUGACCAGCGGCCACAUCUUUCGCAAGGGAGCGAUGAAGGUCGUGGUGUGCAACGUGUCGCGCGUGCUGGUGCCCGGGAACACGGAGAACACGGAGCGCAUGUCGCUGUCCUAUUUGGUGGAACUGAGUGUUUUGGCGCCUGCCGGCCAGGACACCGUGUCGGAGGACAUGCGAAGCUUCGCCGAGCAGCUUAAACCCCUGAUUCAGCUGGAGAAGAUUGACCCGAGCAAGCAGAGGCAUUAAAGGGUUUUUUAAAGUGAGGUUCUGUUAAAUGGAAGCGGUGACCGUCUUUUUCUUGGUGUCAAUAACUUGACUGGUGGGCGUCUUCGUUUAGAAUAAAUCCAGAGCGGUCGAUCCCCAAAGACUGAAGCUAAUGGAGAGUCAGAGAAGCUAGUGUCAAAGCAGAUUACUACUGUCCUAAAGCUCUGAUUUGUAUUUUUUCACUUUUGCUUUUUGUUUGAAACAGUAUUUUAAUGACAAAUGAGUCUGCCUUGUAAAAAUCAAGAUUUUUGCAGAUGUCUGUCAAACGCAAAUGUGAUAAAGGCUCCUAAAAUAACGUUUUCACAAACUGCUUGGACUAUUUUUGAGAUUAGAGUUCUUUUAAAAUGGUAUAAAUCUCCUCAGACUAGUUAAUAACUCCCUGGGGUACCUAAUCUGGAUUUAUAGUAAGCCAAGACGCUAUCCACUCUUUGUAACUACCAACCUAGUUUAGGUAGACGCCCAUGCAGGUUUGCGUCUCUACGCAGACCUGCACAAUGUUCAGGUGGCUCUCCAAAGCUGGCCUGUGGUUUUCUAACAGCGUCCUGCUUUACCAAUAGCUGCUUAUAAGCUUUUAACAGAACCUUACUUUAAAAGGUUCUGAACUCUUUGUCUGUUCUAAAUGCAAAUUGUCUUGUUAAUUUUAUGUUUUAACUAUUUUUGUUACAGUAAAUAAAAUAGCACAACUUUUUUACAACAUUCCUAUAUUUCUGUUUAAUCUGUUUCACAAGUAUAAAAAAAGAAAAACAAGUCAAGGCAUACCAUGGUUAUACAAAUUUCCAGUUUUUAAAGACACUAACAUUUUCCAACAGUUUAAAUUCCUUUUAACGAGACGGCGGAGAAAUUGCCGGACCGGCAGUAGUUUUCUCUGGCUGUCUGCCUCUCAGAGUUUGGCCUCCUCUCUCUGCGCACUGCUGGUCAGCUGGUCCACAGAAGGCUGCUACGCUUUCCUCCCUGCUUAGAAGACACGAUUGGCUGUUUGGAAACACUUUGGAUAGAAAAUAUGUGGACAGUAAUUGUAUGGACACUAAAGUAGCGCCACCUGUAAGUCUCCUUAAGGUGGCGCUGUAUUAAAGGUACAGUAGAUCUCAAGCUAUGAACAACCUGUAAACUGCCCGUAUUUACCGGCUUGUUUUACUUGUGUUACUUUAUAAAGAGAAGGAUGGCAAAAAGGCUUAAUUUUCUAUGUAUUGACUAUGCAUGCUUAAGUAAUACUACUAAAGUUAUCAGUUAAUUCUGUAUGUUUAAAAUUAAAAUCAAAGUAAUAUAUAAUUACAACAUA